UAUGAUCGACUGCAGUGAAGUAGUAAUAUGGCGAUCGUAAGUUGCAGCAGGUCGAACGUCAUAAUAUUACAAUGAGAAAACAAGACAUAUCGUGUGAAGUAAUAACCACGUAUUAAAGUUGAAAUUCGGCAAAAUGUUUUCUUAGCAAUGACACUGCCAAUAAACCAUUUUAAACGGCACUACAAAUUCCAAUGAGAUAUCUUUAAGAACCGACACGGAACAUAAUAAUGAAUUCCUUUAUAGAACUUGUUACAGAAUAUUCUUAGUACUGACGAAAGAACGAAGAAACAGUUUAUAAAUUCUUCGUUGAAUAGAGUUUCUUAGCAUAAGAAAAUACAUCUAUGAAACCUUUAUGGCCUAAUAUAUUAUACAUUAAAAGAAUUCUUAUUAUAAACUUUUAAUACUUUGUAUUAAAUCGAAGAAAUAAAAAUGAGCAGAAUAGAAAGCAGCUCAGAUAAUGGAAGUGGAUGGCAUGAAUGUGUCAAAUGGUUAACAAGAUGCGGAGCUUUGAGAGCAGAUCAUAAAGCAAAUUGGCCAGAGGCAACUGCAGUUGACUUAGCAUACACAUUGCGAGAUGGUGUAUUGCUAUGUAAUCUUCUAAAUACAGUGGACCCUGGUUGUAUAGAUAUGAAAGAUGUAAAUCAAAAACCACAAAUGGCACAAUUUUUAUGCUUAAGAAAUAUAAAAGUCUUUUUAUUAGCAUGUUCAACUACUUUUGGCUUAACUGAUUCUGAGCUUUUUGAACCUUCAAUGUUAUUUGAUUUAUCAGAUUUUCUUCGUGUAUUAUGUACCUUAUCAGCUUUAUCAAAUUGUCCUCGUUUAAGACGUAAGGGUAUACCUGGUUUUUCUGUAGGUCAUGGUAGAUCACAAGAGGAUAUUUAUAAGGAUUUACAAAGUGCUGGUGCAGGCCGUGAAGAUGAAGGUCGUCGCAGAAGAUUUAGAAGGCGGGAAGGAGAGGAGGCAGGUGGAGGAGGGGACAAUGAAGAUCCAGUUGGGGAGGAAGAUGGAUAUGGAGCAUACUGCAGCCAUGCUCAAAGUGAAGAAAUCUACCAGGACCUUUGUAGUCUACACUUGCCACCUCCUCCAUCUGUUGCACAGGAUGGUGCAAUCUCCGGAGGUGAAAAAAGGGAUUAUGUAAUUCAAGAACUCGUCGAAACUGAACGAAAUUAUUCAGAUGUUCUUAACAGUUUACUUAAACAUUUCGCUAGACCUCUUUCCUCAAUAUUGCUACCUGAAGAUUCCGCACGUAUUUUUUUUGGUAUAAAAGAACUGGCAGAAAUUCAUGCUGGUUUUUAUAGUCAACAUCGGAAAGCAAGAACCGGCGCUGCUUUAGCGCAGGUUUUUCUCGACUGGCGAGAAAAGUUCCUUAUUUAUGGCGACUAUUGCGCGAAUCUUACUCUUGCUCAAAAUACAUUGCAAGAAGUAUGUGCGCGUUAUGAAGUAGUUAAUCAACAAGUCAUUAGGUGUCAACAAAAAGCAAAUAAUGGAAAAUUUAAAUUGCGAGAUAUAUUGUCUGUUCCAAUGCAAAGAGUAUUGAAAUAUCACUUAUUACUCGAUAAAUUAGUAGAAGAAACUCCUUGUGAUUGGCAAGAAGAUAGGCGCCAGCUUGGAAAAGCUAGAGAAGUAAUGGUUGAUAUAGCACAAUAUAUUAAUGAAGUAAAGCGUGACUCGGACACGUUAGACAUUAUAAAAGAUAUUCAAGCAUCGAUAAUCGAUUGGGACGUUCCAGAAGAUGCACAAUUAAAAGAUUUUGGACGAUUACUUAGGGAUGGAGAGCUUAAGGUAAAAGCACAUGGUGAACAACGCGUAAAAGUCCGUUAUGCAUUUGUUUUCGAACAAGUAGUAUUAAUUUGUAAAGCAGGCAGAGGGGAGCAAUAUUGUUAUCGUGAAACCUUACGCCUCGAUGAUUAUCGAUUAGAAGAUCAUACUGGAAGACGAACAAUUGGCAGAGAUUCUCGAUGGACCUAUCAAUGGCUAUUAGUUCAUAAACAAGAAUAUACAGCGUACACUUUGUUUGCAAGAACAGAAGAACAAAAGCAAAUGUGGAUUAAAGCAUUGCAAGAUGCAAUGGAUAAUGUUAAUCCUGCCGCGUGCCGCAACACAAAUCAUAAAUUUAAACUUACAACAUUCGACACUCCACGUAGUUGUCAGCGAUGUGGCAAGUUUUUAAAAGGCCGAAUUUUUCAGGGAUAUCGAUGUGAGGUCUGUCGCCUUGCUGUACACAAACAAUGCAUUGCACAUUCAGGUCGAUGUGUGCCAGUACCACCCCCACCUCCGCCUCCACCACCUUUGCCAUGUGAAUCUAUUCUCUCGGUGAAAUUAUGGUUUGUGGGAGAAAUGGGACGUGAUACAGCGUCAAAUAUGUUAGAACCUCGUGAAGAUGGUACUUAUAUGUUGCGCGUACGACCUGCGGGACAACCGCGUUUAAAACAUGAAACCAAUUACGCACUUAGUAUCAAGGCAGACGGUGCGGUGAAACAUAUAAGGGUAUUUAAACGCGAUGUCGAUGGUGCCGAUGUAUAUUAUCUCAGUGAGUCUCGUUUCUUCAAAAGUGUUGUUGAACUAGUUGACUAUUACGAACGGGCAUCAUUAUCAGAAAACUUUCAAAAGUUAGAUCAAUGCUUAUUAUGGCCAUAUAGACGUGUAUUGGCUAAAGCAGUAUUUGAUUUUCGCGGAGGAGAACGUAAUCAAUUAAGUCUACGUCGAGGUUUUAGAGUUGUGGUAUUGAGCAAAGAAGGCGAUGCCAAAGGGUGGUGGAAGGGAAGAAUUGGAGAUCAAGUAGGAUUUUUUCCAAAGGAAUAUGUUGAAGAAGAAUAACCAUAAAUUAUAUUGCAUAGACAUUUUCUCCAUGCGAUAGCACGACGAUAAAAAAUGUUUUACAUAUUAAUCGCAUCAUCAUGCAAUUAUAAUAUUUUAUUAAAA